CUGGAGGGACACUGUGAAUGGCUGAGCUGCCUGGUCCAGUGCGCUCCGGGGCCUCACGCGCUGCUGCUGGUGAUGCCCGUGCAGAGGUACACGAGACAGGAGCAGGCUGUGGUGGAGCACAUCAAGACACAGUUUGGGGAAGAGAUGUUCCGAUUCACCAUUGUAGUUUUCACUCAUGGAGACCAGCUCCCGGAGAACACAGACAUCUUGGAGUUUGUGGAGGAGAACACUGAGCUGGCCAAGCUGGUGCAGGCCUGCGGGGGGCGCUGUCACGUGGUCGACAACAAGUACUGGACCAAAGAUCAGCAAAAGGAAGACCCACAGCGGAGCAAUGAGUUUCAGGUGGAAGCGAUCCUGAAUACUGUGGAGAAAAUGGUUGAUGAAAACCAGAAGUAUUUAAGCAAUGAUGCUUUGGAACAAGUAGAGCAUGAUAUUCAGACAGAGCAGAGCCGCAUUCACACUGACAGCGGCUUGAGCCUGGAGGAGAGCAGAGAGCAGGCCAAAAACUCUCUCCUCGAUAGAUACAUAGACCAAGCAACAAGAUGCCCGCCUUAUGCCAAAUAUGCUGCAGUUAUGACUGGAGUAGCAGGUGUGGCACUGGUAGCUAUAUUGGUGCUACCAAAAGUGAUGAAGUUUUUUGCAGAGAAGCCCCCACUGCCCCUUCCCCUCCCCCUCCCCGUGGUGCCCAUAGAGCCCCCUGCUCUGCCAGAUCUCCCCCCUGCACCUGAAGUGAUCCAAGAGGUUGUCCAAGAGGUUGUCCAAGAGGUUGUCCAAGAGGUUGUCCCACCCGUGAUAUCCGAGUUUCUGAAGUCCAUUCUGACACCACCAGAGGACUACGAUCCAUUUGAUCAAUUCAACUAG